UCAUUCUGACACAAGAGAGACCAGCAGAGAAAAUGCACACCAACACAGCAGUGAUGAGAAGCCUGGCCAUCAUCGUAAUCAUUGCUUUUACCGCCUGGACCAUAACGGAUGCACAGAAGAUUAACCCCUGCUGUGUCAAGGUCUCCACAGCAAAGGUGAAGGAGCCCAUCAUAGGAUACACAUUACAAAGGGAGAAUCUACCAUGCAUCAGAGCUGUCGUCUUUCAGACUGAGAGCGGAUUUUUCUGUAUUGAUCCACAACAGCCCUGGGUAAAGGAAAAAGUUAUGCAGCUUAGGCUUGCUCAAAAGAACAAACUGUCACCAUCCUCACCUUCCUCACCAUCCUCAUCCUCCCCAAGCCGUCCUGUGUCACCACGUCUGAUCACCUCAACUGUUAGAGAUGCACAGAAGAUUAACCCCUGCUGUGUCAAGGUCUCCACAGCAAAGGUGAAGGAGCCCAUCAUAGGAUACACAUUACAAAGGGAGAAUCUACCAUGCAUCAGAGCUGUCGUCUUUCAGACUGAGAGCGGAUUUUUCUGUAUUGAUCCACAACAGCCCUGGGUAAAGGAAAAAGUUAUGCAGCUUAGGCUUGCUCAAAAGAACAAACUGUCACCAUCCUCACCUUCCUCACCAUCCUCAUCCUCCCCAAGCCGUCCUGUGUCACCACGUCUGAUCACCUCAACUGUUAGAGGUUAAAUUCUCAAACAAAAGGUCGUCAGCCAGCGACAACCAAUAACUGCUCUCCACAUAAAUUUUUGUGAAUAAUAAAAGUAAAAAAAAAAUAAAUGCAGUGAUUUAAAAUG